CACCACGACCACCACGCGCGAUCCUGGAGGCUUGGUCAUCCCGAAGAGUUUGAGAUGAGUCGUGUUCUCGACGAAAUGGUUGGAGAAAAAACUGUAUGUCGCAUGAAGAUCAGUUAUUGGUUGACAAUACAUCAGAUGAAAAACUAACCAGGGUCCUUACCAGCAGCACCUACAAAAAUCAAUUACUGAAGAACGGACCUCCAUCAUGAUCAGCAUGAACACCCUACAGCUACGAAGUCUACCCUCACCACCUAACUGAGAGUAGCCGGUCGUGUGUACUAUAACUCCAUCCUUCUACAAAAAUUGCUUCUCAUUGCCCCAACAUGACCACUAUAAGCACUCCUUCAUCUUGUUGUCGCAUGAUAUUGCCAAUGCCUGCUAAACAAGAAUACUUAAGUUGUAGUUGUCUUAUAAAGUAACAGCUUCUCAUCUUCCUCGCUGAGUCUUUCUUCUUCCUCCUAGCUUUGAGACUCUUUUCAGUACAACAAAUAUUGAAAAAUAGGUUCACAUCCCCUUGGUAGGUGGAUUCAUAUUCAUUCAUUUAGAGAGUCUGAGUCGUUUAGAAAAGAUGACGUCGUUUAUCUCACCCGCUGCUUCCCGUGCAUUUGUCCCCGCAAUUGCCGGGUACUUGCCGCCUCUUGCAGGAGUUGUGCCUGGUGUGGCAAAAAAAAUUAUGGGCGGAUAUCAUUUUUAGUCAACUAAUGAAUUGAGAUUGAAGUGGUCCUUUACUGAGUAGUCCUUACUUGAUGACUUCUGAGGACAUCAAUACGAGUAGCAUGAUUGCUAUCAUGACUGACACUCAGUAGCUCUAAGGCUCUGUCUCUAGGCGCGGCCUUGGAAAGCAGCAGCAGAAGUUGCAGCAGCACUGCAUCGACUAGGAUAUGGAGGACAAACACGUUGCCGGAGCAGAUAAGGUCUAGUUGGCUUCACGACCAAAGAAUUGUGUCAAAAACGUCUGUCCGGCAUGCUGGAAGUACAAAUACAAUGCUGAGGAGCUACGACUUCCGACUUUUCGGUGGUGACAACAGCGGCUUAUCCAGUAUCAUCAAUAUGUCAGCAAGAAUGAGGAGUACAACAUCAGCAACCUCGUUCGCCAGUUGUACGCCUUCAGCAAGGUCAUUUGCAACAAGUACGUCAACGUCCUCUAGUAGUGAGCGAGGAAUUAUGCCGACAAAGAAGAAAAAGCCUAGUGAAUUGGAAAUUCACCAAAGAUCGGCACCAGCGCCACCACGAGAGGCAGUAUUAAACAUUUUUCAAUUUCUUGAUAGCGCCAGGAGUGCCACCAAGAGCAAGAGAUGAGGGGGCAGUAUUUUUAAACAUUCGAGUUUGAGGCUUCUGGAAUAUUUUCUGAGUCUUAAGAAUUCAUCUGGGACUCCGCGGACUACUUGAUGAAGAGGGAUGAAGGAGAUUCUCAAUGUUAUUCUAAGGUCAGCUAGGUCUUCAACUUUCACUUUCUGCGACAGUCACUCUGCGACGAGCAGAACUCACAACCACAUUUAAUUUCCUUCAUCGAAACUGCAGGCCCCUUUCGCCGAAGUCGGCGGCGCGAAUAACGCCGCAUCUUCUCUAGUCUCAUUGCUCGUCUCUCGAGAGACCACGUCGCAUCCUCUGCGUCUAGUGUCCGGUCUCUGUGUGUUAUGGAAACUACGAUAUUACAUUUCCUACUCUCAUCCUCCAUGUCCUAGUCCUAGGUGUUUCUCUUUCUGCCUCCUCCGUCCACCUGCUCUAAUCACCGGUUAUUUCUUCGGAUUUGUGGCUCAUUCCGUUCUCGGUAUUUUUGACGUAUUGUGCUUGCUAUCGACGACUGCGGGACUACUGGGGUACCUCUUCGUUGUCGGAAGCAACUUCAAUCCCUUGUUUUAUUUCGUCUCCGCGCCAGUCGUACUGUUGCUCGGAACGCCAUAUUGGGAUCGGUACUUCGGAUUGGAGCCGAAUGUUAAGGCAAAGGCUUCUAGUAGUUUCUGUUUCACCCACCUUCCUUCUGUGGCGUGGUCUUCUUGACGUACUAGCUGCUGACGAGCAUUUCUUAUACUCGAAAACUGAAAAUAACCGAGUUACUGACUGAAAUAAAAGGGAGGUAGCUGAACAGCAAGGCUCUUCUUCCUUCUCGUCAG